AUGUCAGAAAAACAAGUUCAUGUUGCUAAUUGUAUAACUAUUUUACAAAUCCUUAGUGAAAAGUAUGGUCUGUUACCUGAAUAUGAAGAACAUCUAAAAAAUAAAAUUUCAGAUGUUUGGAAACAUUUUAAAGAAUAUCGUGAUAAGGGUGAAAUUAAAUACUUUCUUGAUCGUAUGGAGCAUUUUAUAUGGAAGACACGCGAAUUUAAUCAUUUAGAUGCUAAGCAGAAGUCAAUUGCCAAUUUUCUUCAUGAAGAUAGCCCUUUUAAGGACAAAAAGAUUAUUGCGUACGCUUAUGUACGAACUGAUUAUAAUGUUUACUGUUUUCUUUUUUACAGUUCAAAAUCUCGUGAUGGACGUUUUUGUAGAUACACGUGCAUGGAAACAAGUAAUUACAUUAGCAAAAAUUUAAAUUUUGAUGUUUUAAGAGCAGAUUCAUUCAUACCAAGAUCUUGUAGAAAGGUUACUCCAGUAGAAAGAUCAAAUGAUGGAGUACUAGAAGAGGGUGCUCCAGUAAAAAUAUCAAAUGAUGAAGAACAUACAGUGGAUGCUCAAGGAGAAAUAUCAAAUGAUGAAGAACAUACAGUAG